AUGACAUGCCCAUUAAAAUCUGUUUUGGCCGGAAUUAGCGGUAAUCUUGGACCUGCAAUCCUCCGGCAGCUCGUUAGAAACCACUUCGAGAUCACCGUUCCAACCAGUCAGGGUAGCAACCACCCAUUCCCGCCAGCGGCACCGGUUUGUCGUGCAGACUACAACUCCCCAACCUCGCUUGUAUCCUCCCUCCGAGGAUUGACGAAUGAUCAAAACCAGCGCGAAGAGGGCAGCGAAGUGAAACUCCUGUACUUUAUUUUUGGACAACCCAAUAUCGAUCAGAUCCGCGGUCAUCCCGACAAACAAUCUUGGUUCGCCAAUGUCGGCCAUCCCAAAGGCGAUAUCGUUAUCAGCCUCAUCGAAGAACUUCGACCUCGAAAGAUGAUUGAGCUCGGGGGCUACGUGGGCUAUUCCGCCAUCCUCUUCGGGGGUGCCGUGCACAGUCACGGGGGACAGCGAUACAUCAGUCUCGAGUCGAACCCUGAAUUUGCUGCUGUAGUUAAUAUGCUCAUUGAGCUGGCCGGCCUACGGGAUUUUGUGCACACGAUCGUUGGCCGUAGCGAUGAGUCGCUGCAAAAGCUCUACACGAGUGGAGAAGUCGAGCACGUGGAGCUCAUGUUUAUCGAUCACUAUAAGCCUAUCUACACUACCGAUGUGCAACUUUGUGGAGAGCUAGGCAUGAUCUCGCCAGGCUCCGUCCUCGUUGCAGAUAACGUGGUGUUCCCUAGGAACCCGUCUUAUUUGAAGUAUGUACGAAGUAACGUAGAAGAAAAGCAGGAAGUAGCACAAUCUAUGGAACCAGGAAGAACCUUCAACACGGAGGGGUUUUCAGAGCGGACUAUCUCCAAAUAUUUGGGCGCGGACUCUGCACCCAAGUUCGAUGUGGUUGGAAAUCCCAACUUGGUGUGCUAUAGUGUUCUGAACCAACCUGAAGGAGACCCGGAUGCCCUUGAGAUCACCAAGUGCGUGAGAAUUGAAGAAGUUGCUUGA